AUGCAGCACAGACACCGGAUGCAGGGCGUUACUGAGUGGAACAACGGGGAUAGAGAAGGACAUCCUCUUCAGCGCCCAUUGUGCAAACAUCCUCAGGGGAGGGUACCUACCACCCCGCAGAGCCCAGUCGAGGGCCGAGGAGACGUGCCCCCCACACAGCAGGGAAGUGGAGGGGCGGCAUUCACCAGCCCACUGCCUCGCCUCGAGGGGGAGCUGCCCCCUAACGGUGCCACCGGCGACCAGCACCUUGCUAUCCAGAGGGCCGGAUCAGGACGGCCUGGACCUGCGCUGGCGAGUCCAUCCGGGUGCAGGCGUUCCGGGGCCCCUAAACAGGCCUUCAGCGAGAUUAUCAGCGCGACCCAUAGAAUGGGACGCGUGCUCUGUACGGUUCCGUCUGGUCCUUCCUCAAGAAUGAGACAGGGACAAGCACGAUCAGCAGACGAUCAUGAUUUGCUCCACAAGACAGUUCCAAGGAGCUGCGUCGAGGCCUUCCUCCGGCUGCGCCACGCUGCACCCCUGGGCUCGGUCCCUCAGGGCCCUGAGCAUGCUUCUGUGCUGCGGGGGAUAGAACCUGCUCAUCGGGAGCUGAAGGAGAUACCUCGCUCAUUGCCCAUGCUGACGGCACACUCGUCUUCCAUAGUGACGACAGUGACGUGGCGGGGGUAG